UGCUUAAACAUUUACUCUUGGGGAUCUCUCCAGCAAGACAUUACUGACUUCCAGAGAUACAACUUUUGGACCCUUUUUUUUGGACAACUGUGCGAGAAGCUUCCUGAGGAGAUAUGGUGUCAGCUGCUCUUCAGAUGUUGGGCACUGCCCUGUGCAUUAUUGGCUGGAUAGGUAGCAUCAUUGUCUGCGCCUUGCCGCAGUGGAAAGUGACAGCCUUCAUCGGUCAGAACAUUGUCACUGCUCAAACCACUUGGGAGGGCAUCUGGAUGUCCUGUGUGGUCCAGAGCACAGGGCAGAUGCAGUGCAAGGUUUAUGACUCAAUGUUGGCCCUUUCCAGUGACCUCCAGGCUGCCCGCGCCCUCAUCAUUAUCGCUAUCCUUGUCGGUAUCCUCGGCAUCCUCCUGGCCAUCGCAGGGGGCAAAUGCACCAACUGCGUGGAGGACGAGGGCCCCAAAGCCAAAAUUGGCAUGACAUCUGGUGUGGUCUUCAUUAUUGCCGGUGUUAUGUGCCUCAUUCCUGUGUGCUGGACAGCAAACACCAUCAUCAGGGAUUUCUACAACCCGUUACUGGUGAGCUCUCAGAAAAUGGAGCUUGGAGCUGCUCUCUUCAUUGGCUGGGGUUCUGCUGGCCUCCUCAUCCUGGGUGGUGGACUCCUCUGUUCCAACUGCCCUCCCAAGGAUAACCACUCUGCCAAGUACUCAGCUCCCCGUUCAACUGCAUCUAAGGGCUAUGUCUGAGGAGGGAAAAGCCAAAUGACAAGACGAAGAGACUGAAAAGGACUUGAAUCAAUUGCUUUGUGGUCCAUACUAUUGAUUCAUAUUGUCACAACAAGUAUGAUUUGAAUUUCACAGUGAUUUUAUUGUGAUCGAAAUUUAAUUUGAUACUUUCAUGUUGAGUUACAGCAAUUUAGUAUAUGUUUAAUCAGUGCUAAGAUAAAGAGAUGUGCACCACACCCAAAAAACUGUAUGCGGACUGAGUGACAAAAUACCCACUCAGUGGGAGUGAAAAAUAUACACAUUGGAACAACAUUUGACACAUUACUUUGGUUAUUUGAAUUGUAAAACUGUACCUAGCUUUCAUUAAUUUGUGUCAUUUUAUAUUUCAUUUCAUUUUAAGUGUUUUUCAUGUGACUGCCUGAAACUGUAAAU